AUGGAAGAGGCACGGUCUUGGAAAGAGAUAUCCACAUCCCCGUUGUAUUUAUUUCUCAUCGGCCCCGAGAAAAAAGAAUUCAACAUCCACACGGCCAUCAUCACCAAAUUGUCCCCCGUGUUAGAAGUGUUUGUGAAUGACACACGGUUCAAAGAGGCAAACGAGGGCCAGGCGGAUCUCAAGGACGUCGAUGAGGAAACUUUCACUUCGUUUGUGGAAUACGCGUACACCGGCAACUACAAACCAAGUUUUCCUUCGUCACAGAGCCCUGAGACUCCUCAGGAAGUGGCGAGAGAAGACGACGACUGGGGCCUCGGGUCACCGAGGAACAACAAACUGUACAGACGCAGGAAUCAACCACAGCAACAGGUGUCUCCUAUAGGUCAGUGGGGAAGGGCGUGCAACUGCGGGUACAAUCACUGGGCAACAUUUGACGCCAUCGUCGAAAGCCACCACCCACCUUCUUAUACGCCAGCGUUGAGCACAGGUACAGCUGCGUUGACAGCUGAUGUUCCGAUGAUCCUGCUGCAUCAUGCCCACCUCUACGUCUUUGCAGAUUGUUACCAAAUCCCACGGCUCGCGAAAAUGGCAUUAUUCAGUCUCGGCCGACAACUCCAAGAAACCAAACAACAACCCACACAGGAAGUGAGCGCGGAGGGCAUUGUCCGCCUGCUAAAAUUUUGCUAUGAAGAACCUCGGACGGAGGAAUUGAGGUCGCUAGUUGCAAAAUAUGCAGCCUGCUCAGCGGAACGGUUGUGGAACGAUGCUAGUUUCAAAGCGUUACUCAAAGCCCAUGCCGAGCUGGGCGCUGAUCUAGUUGAGGAGAUGGUGAAACGAAUGAAUAAAUUUUAG